GCGUCUCAGAGGAGGAAUAUGUACAAGUUUAAACAAGUUCUCAAAGCUGGAGGUCAGCCGGGAGCUAAUAUAAAUGUGCUGCCGUUUGCGCGGGGGUAUCAGGGGCCAAGAAAACAUAUCCCUCUCUAUCUAGCUCUGACCUCCAACUCUUCAAAGCGCCUGACAGACACACCGAGUAGCACCCGAUGUAGCGCGCGCCACGUGCCAUGGCCACUCGCGAGGGCUGCCACUGUCCGGGCGCCGGGGGGCAAAACAAUAAUAACAGCAUCCUGUACCAUAUACUGAAGAACGACAGAAUCACGACCACCGAGGAACAACAAACAAUAACAAAACCACAACAACACCAACAGCAUCGCUGGCACAGGGUCUCCUCCUGUUCCUCCUCUUCUUCCUCUUCGUCGCGGCUUGAGCUAAGGCAACAACAGGCAUGCUCCUGCGGCUCCUCACCGCGAAGGGGGUCUCUCCGGUCUCCGCAGGUUACCUGCAAAGCCGCAUCUGCGGUCCUCGUGAAGACUCUGCGGUUCGUGAAGAACGUGCCGUGUUUCCGCGAGCUGCCGGAGGAUGACCAACUGCUGCUCGUUCGGAACUGCUGGGCGCCCCUGCUCGUGCUGGGCUUCGCGCAGGACCGGGUAGACUUCGAGACCACUGAGACUGCAGAGCCCAGCAUGUUGCAACGGAUCCUGACCGGUGGCUCUGGCAGCCAGAGCGGCUUAACGGACAGACAGGGUGAACCGCUGCUGGAGCAGAGCACGGACACUUCUGGGGUCUCUCUCGCGGAUAUCCAGGGCAUCAAAGCGUUCCUGAAGAAGUGUUGGGGUUUGGACAUCAGUACCAAGGAGUAUGCCUACAUCAAAGGAGCAGUGCUAUUCAACUCAGAUCUCCCAGGUUUGCGCUACCUCCACUACAUCCAGUCACUGCGGCGCGAGGCUCACCAGGCGCUCAACGAGCACGUGAAGCUGAUCCACCGGGACGACACCACACGCUUCGCCAAACUGCUCAUCACCCUGUCCAUGCUUAGGGCCAUCAGCCCCGCCGUGGUUGCACAGCUCUUCUUCAAGCCCGUCAUCGGAGCUGUCAACAUGGAGGAUGUCCUACUGGAGAUGUUCUAUGGGAAGUAGAUGCUUUCCAUGGUCUCGUCCAGAAACAACCCUUAGAUAUGGCACUUAUAGCCCCUACUCCCUCGGCAAUUUCACCUAGCCCCUACCCUCUAGAAACUUAACCUUGCCCCUAGUCCAGGGUUUCCCAAACUUGGUCCUCGGGACCUCAAGGGGUGCACAUUUUGUUUUUUGCCCUAACACUACACAGCCGAUUCAAAUAAUCAACUAAUCAUCAAGCUUUGAUCAUUUGAAUCAGCUUUGUAGUGUUAGGGCAAAAACCAAAACGUGCACCCCUUGAGGUCCCGAGGACUGAGUUUGGGAAACGCUGCCCUAACCCUUACCCCCACUUCCCCUAGCCCCUUACCCCUACCUCCUAGCCCCUUACCCCUACCUCCUAGCCCCUACCCUCUACAUACUUCAAGUAUAUCUGACAUUAUUGUAUAGAAAUAAGCAAUAUGGCAGCUCCACUCUGCCCUCUGGUAGGCUAUAAAGGAACAGUUUUGCUCUGUUACAUCUAUCCAAUCUUCAGCUCAACACCUGUGGGGUUGGUUCUGGACUAGACCUUAAUAUCUAAAGGACAGACAAACAGAAUCUAAAUCUAACUAACUGUUAACCAACUGUUAGAUCUGAAUGGACCGUUGAACAGAAGAAUAGACAAAGGAUGAGAUUUGUUUGUUUUGUUGAAAAUGUUUUGAACACUGUGGUGGGUGAAGAACAGUUGGGGCAAAGGGGUGUGUGUUUUGGGAUGGGGAGGGGUGAAGGAGAGGAUACAGACCAAGAAGAGCUGCUGAUCGGACUCUAACUUAUUUCUUUUUACAUAAAACUAUUUUUCUAUAAUAAAAGUAUUCUCUGAA